AUGUUCGAACUUUUGGAAGCAGACAUAGUCGUAUUUCAAGAAACCAAAAUUCAAGAAAAGGACCUAAAAGACGAUAUGGUUCUUAUACCUGGCUGGGAUUGCUUUUUUAGUCUUCCAAAACAAAAAAAAGGCUACUCGGGCGUUGUAAUAUAUACGAAAUGCUCAGUAUGUUUGCCAAUACGCGCAGAGGAGGGAUUGACGGGUAUUCUUACUCCACGCGGAUCCAUUACCCCUUACCGUGAGCUUUCAGGGGAUAGUAAAAUCGGCGGCUAUCCUACUGUCGAACAACUCGAACUUCUCGCCGUCGAUCCUGCCGUGAUAGACUCCGAGGGUCGUUGCGUUAUUUUGGAAUUCCCUGCCUUUGUUUUACUUGGUGUAUAUUGCCCAGCUAACCGUGAUGAAGCACGCGACACUUUCCGUUUAGCAUUCCUAAAAGCUUUGGAUAUGCGGGUACGAAAUUUGGUUGAUAUUGGAAAGAGAGUUAUAGUAAUGGGUGAUUUGAAUAUUUCAAGAGAAAUAAUAGAUUCCGCUCACAUUCUGGAUUCAAUACGCAAACACAAGUCGACAGAAGAUGAUUUUAUCUUCUCUCCCCCCCGCAGGCUCUUCAAUCAGCUCGUAAAGGUAGGUAACGUUGACACCAAGAGUAUCGAAAAAGAGACCGCAGUGAUGCUCGAUAUAUGUAGAAAAUUCCAUCCAAAUCGACAAGGAAUGUAUACUUGCUGGGAGCAAAGGGUGAACGCUCGUCCUGGUAAUUAUGGUGCAAGGAUUGAUUAUGUGCUCUGUACCCUGGAUAUGGAGGAGUGGUUUUCCAGCUCUGACAUCCAAGAGGGCCUGAUGGGUUCGGAUCACUGUCCGGUCUACGCUGUAUUACAAGAUACGAUAACUAUUCAGCAGGAAAAUAUUCAUAUAUUGGACGCGAUGAAUCCUCCGGGAAGCUUUCAAGGUGGAAUUAGAAAGUUACCAUCUCGUCUCAGUUCUCUACCGCUCUCAGGGAGACUAAUCCCUGAAUUUCACCGUCGUAGAAGCGUCAAGGAUAUGUUUCGAACAAAUACCGCCAUGUCCCGUGAGGGGCCUAGUUCUCAAUGUCAAUGGAGUGCUCUCGGUUUAGAAAAACAACAUCAGUUCGUUGCUAGGCCUGAUGGUGAUGAGCGAAAACCUCAAACUUUGAGUGGCAGCCAGGCCAUCAAACGGGCCGUUGAUGAUAUGAGCCCAGCCCGCAAUACGAAGCGACCGAGAGUCCCAGCAGACACGGCCUCAAAUGAUUCGAAAUCUCAGCUCACUUUGACUCGCUAUAUGGCAGCAAGACCCCAGAGAGGUAUGAUGUCUCACGGAAACUCCCAACCUGAGAAACCCGAUGAACAGAUCGAAACAUUAAAGCCUUCCAAGAGCUCGCAUAAACCCAGCGAUUGCGAUACUUCAAAAUCUCCAACUCCUGUUUAUGACUCGACAGAAAUGAUAAGUACACCUCAAGAAACCACCUCCUCCGGUUCUAAUUCAAGAGACUCCUGGGCGCAACUAUUUACAAAAAAGGCUGCUCCUCUCUGUGAAGGGCACAAUGAGCCUUGUAUUACCCUCUCCACAAAAAAAUCAGGGCUUAAUCGUGGUAGAUCCUUUUGGAUUUGUCAGAGACCCCUUGGUCCAAACGGUGACAAAGAAAAAGGGACACCAUGGCGUUGCUCGACAUUUAUCUGGUGCAGCGAUUGGAAGUCUCAAAAAUAG